AUGAAACAUCCAGUUUCUCAUUCCCUCAUGCAGAGGGUCCCUUGUGGUGACAUUCCCCCCGCAGCGGGGACAGCCCAACGCACCCGCUGCAGCUCCGAACGCUUUUCUAAACCCGGCAUCGCUAAACCCGGCAUCGCUAAACCCGGCAUCGCUAAACCCGGCAUCGCUUACCGGAGACGGCAGUGCCCGGGGUGCAGGCGAGGCCCCACGCAGGACACCCCAUGGCCCGUCCGGCUCCCGCUCAGUCCCUGCGCGCCGCGGGCACCCAGGCGCCGGGGCGACGGCAAUUCAUAUCCCUGCGGCUCCCGCACGGUUAACGGCGGGCUCCGGGCCCGCGGACGCACCAUAUUUCAUCCUUCCACGCCCACAGCGCACAACCGCCGUGCAGCAGCUCCUCACGCCGCCCUGCACGCCUCGGUGCGUGCGGUGCCGCCGCACCCCCGGUGCGGGGAUGCCCCGGUCCGUGCCAGGCCCGGUUAUCCUCGGGUGACCCCCCGGUGCCGGAGCGGUGCCGGAGCGGUGCCGGAGCGGUGCCGGGGCUCGGGGCGGUUCUCUGCUCUCCCGGCCCCCUGCUCUCACCCACUCCGUGUCCUCUGUUGCAGGCACAACAGCUGGGAGCCUGAGGAGAACAUCCUGGACCCCCGCCUGCUCCUGGCUUUCCAAAAGAAGGAACAGGACAAAGAAGUKCAGAAUCGGAAGAGGGGCAAGCGGCCCCGGGGCAGGCCCAGGAAAAACGUGGAACCAGAGAUGCCUGCGAAAACUAAGUCGAGCAGCUCCUCUUCCUCUUCAUCCUCCUCUUCCUCCUCCUCCGAUGAAGAGGACGAAAGUGAUCUGGAAGCAAAGAGGGGUCCCCGCAGCAGAGAGACGCACCCGGUGCCGCAGAAGAAAGCCCAGAUCCUGGUGGCCAAGCCUGACAUGAAAGACGCUUCCAGGAAGAAGCGUGGGCGGAAACCCCUUCCCCCAGAGCAGAAAGCGGCUCGAAGGACUGUGAACCUGACAAAAGUGCUGAAAACCUCCCGGAAGGAGGUGGGGGGCAGUGCCAAGCUGGUGGGGAAGCUGCAGCCCCAGCACAGCACGCAGGGCUCGGGCAUGGCUGUGCUGAAGGACCCAUCGGGCACCUUGGCUGGGCUCAGCUCGGGGGGAUCGUCGGUGGAAAACCUGCCCAACAUGAUGAAGAGCGGCUCGGCGAGCCCCAGCCAGGCCAUCAGCUGGCAGAGCUCCAUCGUGCACUACAUGAACAGGAUGUCCCAAAGCCAGGCUGCAGCCGAGAGCUCGGCCCUGGGCAGGCUGGCACUGAAGGCACAGGCAGCCAGUAAGGGCAGCUUAGGGCUGGACUUGAAAAUGAGGAGCCAGAAAGGCUCCGGGGAGYUGGGGCUGAACGUGCAGGGACCCAAAACUGCAAAGGCUCCCGGCAGCAGCGCYGGAGGGGACCAGAAAUCGGGGUUUGCUGCGGGAGGCCAAAUGCUGCCCAACGGCAGCAAAACACCAUCAAGCUUGUCGGGGGCUGGCGUCCAGGCAGCCUCCAGCCAGGAGCUGAACCUGCAGGCUCUGAACCUGCAGAGUGUCAAAAACGGGCCGAGCGUGGCCAGCGGGAGCAGCGUCCCCCGGCACCUCUGCGGCUCCCUGGCCAAGGGCUCCGGCGGCGGCUCCAGCGCGGGUGCCAAGGGCGGUGCGGGUGGGGCCGGGCUGAACGCUGCCAGCGCUCUGCCAGGGGGGGACAGCGGCAAGAACAAGAAGCAGACACAGCGGGCAGGUGACAGGGACUCGGCCAAAGGCGGCUCGGCCACCGAGAGCCGCAAAGCGCCCGGCCUGGCCGAAAUGAGCACGGGCGAGGACAGCAGCUCCGAUUCGGACCGCGAUUCAGCGUCCCUCCCAGGGGUGGGGCAGAACAUGUCCGUGUCCAUCCAGACCAGCCAGGACUGGAAACCCACCCGCAGCCUGAUUGAGCACGUCUUUGUCACCGAUGUCACCGCCAACCUGAUCACUGUGACGGUCAAGGAGUCCCCCACCAGCGUGGGCUUUUUCAACCUGCGGCAAUACUGAGCCAGGAGCGCAGUGAGAGGAGGGAGAGCGUCCUUCAGCCUCACCGYCAGCUCUGCCCAGCUCUUCCAUCAGGUUUUUCUUUCUUCAUGUGAACGCAGAAACCUCGUGAGACCUGCUGGAACUCGUGCCUGGAAAGGAUGGACAAAUWCGCAGUGAAACCUGUUCCAAACUGCCAGCGGGUCCUGGAUUUGCCCCCCAGCUCCUCUCCACCCUUUUCUGGAGCCGUGCCCUGUUUGGGGAUGGCCAAUGCCAUUCUUUGGGAGCAGGGGCRAUGGUGCUGGCCGGUUUUGAGCCAGGCUUCACUGCACGCAGGUCUCUUYGCUUUGAAACAGCAGAAGCCAAGGUUUGCAGCUCCCUGGCCAUGUGGAGGUUUGGAGCUGCCAUGGGACAGUUUUAUACCUGGGAGAGGACCAGGAGAUCUCUUCUGGSCUUCCUGUGGAUCUGUCUGUGAGCCAUGGGCAACUGCAAGUCAAUCCAAAUGARACAGCUGCUGCUCCCAGCCCUCGAGGCUGUGGGGAGGCAGCUGCAUUYGGGGGUUUUUUCAGGGUACAGUCAGCCCAGCCACCCCCCUGGGCAAGGUCAUUUCCAAUGAUGAGAAACCCACAGCGUUUCUGYUGGGGUUUCCAGCUGAUAGGGAAAUAUUGUUUACAUUUUUUAUUAAGGAUUUUUYUUUUUUGAGGGAGGGAAAUAACGCCGGUGUAAGAUAGGUUGAGAAAGUCCUGCCUUGAGAGCCAGCGAGAUGCAUCAGCUUCUCUGCAGUGACUCCAGAGGAACGUGAAUUUUUGGGAACCCCCACACUGCUCCUCUGCCCUGUCCCGGCACUGCCAGCAUCUCCACCUCCUGCUCAGCAGGUUUCAGGUACUACAGAGACCAGGCUGGGCAAUAUUUUUUAAGCCUUGCAGAAUGUGUGAGCUCUUCCAGCAGCRGGUGGGUUGGUGCUGGGACUGCCGGGUGUCUGCGAGGUCAGGGCAGCAGUUUGGCUGAGCCCUCCUCACCAAAUCAGCCUUGGCUGCUCCCUAGGUUAGAUUCACCCUGAUCAUCCGUGUUUUUUCUCCAGAUGGGAUGCUCAGAAGCUGCUCCACGUGGUCUGGAGUGGUGGGAARGGAAAGGAGAGGUGAGGGAGAAGGGCUCAGGCCACUGGGUACCUCAGGCCACUGUUCCCCAAGGAAGCUGAGCAGCCCCUCGCCUUCCCCUGCCUGUCCCAGCAGCCGGGGUGUUCCUUCUGCCUUCUAAUUGCACCCAAUAAUGGCUUUUACACUGCAGUAUUUUCCCUACUGCAGAUUUCUCCUACAAGCCAAAAUUAGCAGCAGUUCAGGCAGAGUUUAGUAGCGUUCGAGGUCAUUUUAGUUCUGUUGAUGCUGAGUUCUUUUCUCAGAGGCAAUGAACGGCUGUCAGCUGCCCACU